AUCACCCCCUUGGCCAGUAGCAACUUUCCACCGGCAUCCCCCUUCUUCCUUCCUGCUGUCGGCAUCUGCGGUCCCUGCACCUCACACUCAGGAUGAGUUCAUUGAACCGUAGCGCACGAGCGCAUAGGAGCACCAAAGUGCCCAACGCCAUUCUCAGACCUGCGCCUCCAGAUAUCGGCGCGAGUGGAAGCUCAAAGAGUGCGCGGGCAUCCAGAUCCGAGGCUGAUGAUGCCGAGGCGGAUGCUCAUUUCAGAGCCCUGCGACAGGCAGCUGAUCAGUGGGCAGAGCAGAUGGACGAAGACUCGAAUUGGAAUGAGAAACCCUUGUUAGGAGCUGUGAUUGCUUUUUCAGGACUUGGAGACCAAAAGAACCACUAUCAACAGAUGGCGAGGGAUCUCGGUGCCGAAGCGCGAUCGGAUAUGCCGGAAAAUACGCACUUCUUGCUGGCGGUCGAGCCGCUGAGCGAAAAGUGCACCAGGGCGGUGGAUGCUGGGAUCCGCAUAGUGCAGCCCAGAUGGCUGGAAGAGGUCAAGCGCCGAUGGUGUCAUGAUGAGCCCGUCGAUAUUGAUGGCUUGGCUACCGAAUACGCGCUGGACACGUUCGCGACUCUCAACGUGGUGUUAGCAGGAUUUCACGAUGCGGAGGAGCGCAGAGAUAUCCGAACACGGAUGAUCGGAGCGGGAGCAGAGUGUCCAAGAGAUACGGAUCUGGCAGCUGGCGGACACACUCACGUGCUUUGCAGCAGCACGGCCAAGUCCGAAUCCAUCACGCUAAAGAGCGUCCUCAAGUUCAAGGGCCGUGCGGAAAGGUACAUUCGCAGGAGCGAGAAGAUCCCUACUGGAGCACCAGAUGCUGCGCAGAUGCUCAACGCAAAUGCGAUGCACUGCGUCGUGCUGGAGUGGAUGCAGGAUUCGCUGGAAGUUGGAGGAUGCCUGGAUAGUACGAGGUAUGAAUUGAGCAAGUUCUCACUGCAACCUGCCGAUCGUCGGUCGUUCAUAGAUGCCACGCUCAGAAAUCGUACACGAGUAGCUGAGGACUUCAAGGCGCGCCAUGCUAGUGCUGUAGCUCGAUCUGUUGCGCAAGACGUGUCAACGGAAGGUGACGAGCGCGUGUCCAUCCAGCGGGCACCACAACAGGCAAACAAUCCCAACAUCCUACGCAAGAUUAUCGCCCAAGCUAGCGACGAUGGCCCCGAAGGUCAUGCUCAGCCGACCAAAGCCCCUCUAGGAGGAUCUCGUGAACAUGCAUUUGGAGAUCACGGCGAGCAAUCCAAGGAGGAGGAGGGGCCUCGAGCAGCCCAGGGGACGAAGCACUUUCCGACAGAGAUCAAGCGGAAGGGGCCACAGGAAGCACACUCGCCGCAACAGCAGGGCGAGGCCGCCUCAUCGAGCAGUGAAGGAGUCUUCGCAGGAUUAGGCUUCACGCUGGAUCUAGUCGAGUCCAAGUUCCGCACGCGUGUGGCGGAGCAGAUUGUGCGAUACGGAGGCCGAAUGCUACCCGACGAGCAGGCGCAUCACGCCCAGUACUGCGUGGUCGAGUGUCGUUCCAGUUCCGAGUGCCCUACAUCAUCCUCCCCCAAUGCACUGCAGGUGACAAUUUGGUGGAUCGAGCGAUGCAUCCACUUCAACAAGCUGGAGCCGAUCGAUUCCACGCCUUUCGCAAGACCGAGCACUCCGUUCAUACCGCAAGCCCUUCUCAAGGGCUUGCGCAUCUCCAUCACUCAAGCCGGACACAGCGUCGACGACUCGCAGAGCUCGCGUGUACUGCAAGUCCUUGGUGUAACUCCCAGUUCUAGCUUUGGGAGAGGCAGGUACACUCAUUUGUACUGCGGAAGCGAUGAGGGCGGACCAGAGGUCUCACGCAGCGAGAAAGUCAAAGCAGCGCGGGAAUGGGGUGUCCCAAUCGUCGGCGCGGCAUUCGUUCGUAGACUGUACGACGAAGGCAUCGUCGAUCCACUAGGUGCAUCUUUGUCGUCGGGUGGCGGGCAGCAAAACAGCCAAGUACUCCCCGACUCGCUAGCGACAACGGUGCGAAGAACUACCAGCGAGUGCUCGAACAAGGCCUCGCAGAUGACGCAAUCGAUGGCGAUGGGCCAGAUGAAUCCGCCAAAACAAGUCGAGCAAAAGAGGGCACCUCAGAUGGAAGCAGAUGUGAGCGUGUCAGCGACGCACCCUGUAACCGCCACUCAGAUCGCUUGGGAAUCGGUAAAUCAGUCCAUGGUCGGACAGCUUGCUGCAGACGAGCUGGCUGGACUGCUCAAUGGGACGAGAAGCACCACGACGGAAAAGGUGAAGCGACCCACCUCGGCGGACCUUCUUUCUAGAAGCAAGUCGCGCAAAGGGCCACCUUCCCGCUCUGGCAGCAAGCGAGCCACGUCGAUCGGAUCUGGCACAGGAAGAGAUGGAUCGACGAGUCCUGAAAAGGGAGUCAGAGACAAUUCUGUAGACUCUGGAAGCGUUUCGCCAUCCAAGUCCCAGACUGCGGAAGGCCGAGCAGAAGAGUUGGUGCAACGCUUUGCGCAGCACGAGGCUGGCAGCUAUGACGAGAGCAAGACGCAGGCUACGCGGAUCUGCUGGGAAGAUCCGAAUGCUAAGAGAGGCAUGUUGCAACUACAACAAAUGAUGGCCGCUUCGAUACAUAGCAGAGCACCCUCUCGCUCGCCCUGCAAAGACGACCCUUUUGCGGACCACGCCUCACCAAGGAAGACGACGAACGGCGAGAAGAGAAGCACAACAUCAGCAAACGCUGCUGCGCAAUCUUCCGAAAACGCUAGCGCCAAACGUGCUCGACUGUCGCAUACAGCUGCCAAGGCGGCGGUUGUGGGAGCGAAAAACUUGUCCCCCUCCAAGACUGCAUACGAGCUCGACGAUCAGGGCUUGACUUCUCCUCGCAGACAGGUUCUAGCGCGCAAGCAACCAAAUUCGAGAGCGUAGAGUAGCAUGAGUGGAUGCUCGCUCACAGUCCAGGCUCAGUACCAAGAUCCGAACGGGAUCUUCCGUGGGUGUGCGAAAGGGGGCCCCUCGCGCUGUAACGCCUCGCAAUAUCAUAAUUUGUACACCUCUCUGAACGCGCCUCUCAGUGAUUGAGCUCGUCUGGUGUAGACGACCGAGCAACCACGAUGGACAUAUUAUUGCGGGGUCCGAGACGAGGGUCAGCCCUCAAACCUGGAGCGCAGCAAAAAGUUGCGAAUGCCUCUU